AUGGUUGCUGAGAUUACUGACCACGGAGUGGAUGAUGACGUUCUUGAAGGAGUGGAUGUGAAGUCGUCUAAUAUUGUGGGUGACGACGGUUUGGCCAAAGAAAUGAAUUUCCUGUUAGAAAAUGAAAUACAAAGAGGCGAGAUGAUGGGUCAGUACGCACAUUUAGAGCAUAACCAUAAAACAAGCCCAUCUAAGUCCAGGUUGUAUAGAUGUAAUAGGCAACUUAGUGAAUGUGUCAAAAGACGACUUGAGGUAAAUGACAUAGCAGGCAUACCAUUGCAUAAAAGCUUUUAUUCAACUGUAGUGGAGGCAGGUGGUUUUGAUAAUAUGACAUGUGUUGAGAAAGAUUACAGAAACUUCAUCAAGAAAGUGCGACGUUUAAGACUAGGGAAAGGGGAUGCCCUUGCAAUUCAAGCUUACUUCGCGAAAAUGCAGUCACGUAGUCCUGGUUUUUUCUUUAGUAUGGACUUAGAUGAUGAUUGUCGGUUGAGAAAUAUGUUUUGGAUAGAUAGCAGAUGUCAUGAAACGUAUAAGGAAUUUGGAGAUGUUGUUACUUUUGACACCACAUAUCUCACGAACAAGUAUGAUAUGCCUUUUGCUCCUUUUGUGGGGGUCAAUCACCAUGGGCAAUCAACUCUUCUUGGCCGUGGUUUGGUUUCAAAUGAGGAUACUAACACAUUUGUUUGGUUGUUUCGGACAUGGCUUGAAUGCAUGAAUGGUCAAGCUUCUAAUGGAAUUAUUACAGAUCAAGAUUGA